AUGAAUGGACAAGUCGACUGCAAACGCAAUCGAUCUGAAGAAAGCGCGGUAGGAGGCACGCAGCGCUGGCCGGGUGGGGGUGGUGUAGUGCUUGAAGCACAUGAAAUUGUCGUCGCCGGCAUUCCUGAUACCGACGAGGAGCACCUGCCGACAGUCGAUCCGUACAGCACCAUCGCCAACCAGAGUGUUGCCCCGGCUGAACUUCUUGCGAGAUGGAAAUUCCACGACCCGCAGACCGCUGCGGUCUACAUCUUGUCCAGUCUGAAUGGGCCGAUCGGAAUCGUGCAAGAACUGCCCGGCACAGGGAAAACCUUUUGGAUUGUCCGCUGUCUUCUUCUAUUCCUCCGCAAUCCCAGACGGGAUGGCAAGCCGUACCAGCUGCUCAUCGUGUCCACCUGCAACGAUGUUGGAAGGAUAUUGCUUUCUGGAUAA